AUCUCUUCUUCGUCCGUCGGUACUCGUGGUUCACUUGAUAAACUGUCAGUCGAAUUUUCUCGCUUUUCGCGGUGUGACUCGUGACUUGGUUUUCUGAAUGGUGAAGCAGCUGCUUUAAUUUUGUCGCAAUUAUUUGUCGUCCAAAUUUAGGUUCAUUUCGUCUUAUUCUGAAUCGUGUUGUCGGUAGAUUAUAGACUGAACUAUAAUUGAAAACAUCCGGUGUUCCAACGUGUAUUUGCUUUCCGGUCUGUGGGUGCGCAAACAGUGGAAAGUACGAUUGAUCGACCUGUGCUGUAAUCAAUUCCACUACUGCUAAUUUUUACCAUAUUCGGUUACAUUUGAGUAUCAAGUUGUUUGGAAGUAAUACGGAAAUCUGGAAACAUCGUAGGAUGUCACAAGUAGCACUGAAUGGCGAAAAUCAUCAGUCUCAUGGUUCGCUAUCGAAUCACGAGGAGAUGCACAAGCGUUGUCUGAAUCCGUACCGCUCGAAGGUGACGGUUGUGCUUGGGGCGCAGUGGGGCGACGAAGGCAAAGGCAAGGUGGUCGAUAUGUUGGCCACUGAAGCGGACAUCGUUUGCCGGUGCCAGGGCGGAAACAAUGCUGGACACACCGUUGUGGUGCAUGGAAAGGACUUUGACUUUCAUCUACUGCCAAGUGGUAUCAUCAAUGAGAGGUGUAAAUCCGUCAUAGGCAAUGGCGUCGUGAUCCACUUACCCGGUUUGUUUGAAGAAUUGGCCAAAAACGAAGCGAAAGGUCUUGUCAAUUGGCAGGAUCGGUUGUAUAUUUCGAAUCGUGCUCAUUUGGUGUUCGAUUUACACCAACAAGUUGACGGACUACAGGAAGCCGAGAAAGGUGGAAAAUCGCUUGGAACGACUAAGAAGGGCAUUGGACCGUGCUAUUCGAGCAAGGCUACUCGAAAUGGAAUUCGUGUUUCGGAUUUGUUGGGAGAUUAUAAAGUGUUUAGUGAAAAAUUUGAGGCUCUAGUCAACAUGUACAAGAGGCUUUUUCCGGAUUUUGAUGUGGAUAUUGCAGCUGAGCUUAACAGAUAUCGAGAAUUUGCCGAACGGUUACGACCAUUGGUACGCGAUACCGUAUCGUUUCUGCAUUCGUCGCUCAAGGACAACAAGAGUGUUUUGGUGGAAGGUGCCAAUGCCGCAAUGCUGGACAUUGACUUUGGCACCUACCCGUAUGUGACCAGCAGUAAUUGCAGUAUCGGUGGGGUUCUCACUGGACUCGGAUUACCACCGCAAACUAUCGGAGAAGUCAUUGGAGUAGUCAAAGCCUAUACGACCCGCGUCGGUGAUGGUCCGUUUCCCACUGAGUUGCACGAUGAUACUGGCUCGUUUCUGCAAAAGCGUGGUGCUGAGAUAGGAGUUACUACAAAGCGACCACGGCGUUGUGGUUGGCUAGAUUUGGCACUACUGCGAUAUACUGCAAUGGUUAAUGGAUACACAUCGAUAUGUGUGACCAAGUUGGAUAUAUUGGAUACACUGAAGGAAAUAAAAGUUGCUGUGAGUUACAACCUGAACGGCGAGAAAAUUGACUACUUCCCGGGUUCGAUCACCGAUCUUGGUCAGGUCGAGGUUAAUUACAUUACAGUACCAGGGUGGCUGAAGUCAACGGAAAACGUUCGUGAUUUCAAUGAGCUUCCACAGGCAGCUCAAGACUACAUCCGAUUAAUCGAAACCAACCUGGGAGUACCAGUGAAAUGGAUUGGUGUUGGCAAAGGCCGUGAAUCAAUCAUCACAGUGCGGGAUUAAUUCCAUCCUAACUCACCUACUAUCUAGCUAUUUGUUAACGUUUUUUUACAAAUUUUCGACACGUGUCAUGUGGAAGGAGAAGUUUGUUUUAUUCUGCUUUAACUGAUUGAAUGUAAGAGAAGAUUAUCCUAGCGUCUGUAUGUGGGACUGAGUCAUAAAACUAUGUGCAGGAAACACCAAAGCGUGCAGAGAAAAAUUAUAUUCAGGUAAAAAUGUAAAAACUGAUAAAGUAUGUUGAACCUUCAACUUUUGUGUGUAAGAAUAUGCAGAGUAAUAAUGAUGAGGUGCAUAUUAAGAUGCUAUAAGAAAAUCGUAUCUACAUAAUAUAAUACCGUGGCUAUUUACGCCUUAAGUGAUGGACAUAAAGCGCUACCGUAAUGUUUAUUAAGCCGGCAAAUACUUAACUACAAAAUGUUACUAGUUUUAGAGCAGUUAACCGCACAAACGGGAAAUUCAAAGCCUAAUGAACUGCUCGUUGGAUAUAUAAGUACAACUAUCCAUACACAGAACGUUAACUACAAAUGUAAUUUAGCUAGGUUGUACAUUGAACUUGAUGGGAAAGGUGAGUGACAUCAAUUCAUUCUACACUAUGCAUAAGCAGGUGUCAGAACUUUACAGAAAAAAAACAACCGCAAAUGCAUAUAGAAAAUAACGCAUAAUGUACAGUGUCCUACAACAUAACGGAAUUGGCAUAUUUGAGCAGUAACAUUAUGAUUCAAGAAUUCGGCUCUGUCAAUUAUCUGUUGUGAAUGGAUUCUUGUUUAUAUCGAUUGUCAAUGAGCUGCAAGUCCAAUGUUACUUUUAUUUUUUCAAAGCAAACUGUAAAAUAAACGUAUUGUUUUAAAAUAAA